CAGUUGUCUAGUUUACACGGUACGAUGAACACCACCGAGGCCGUCGCCGCCUCCGCCAUUGUCGAUACAUUAACUGUGAUACCACCGGAAGAUUGGCCCGAGUUACGUGAGCUGUAUGUGGCCAAUUGGCCCUCGAAUUUGGUGGCCUACCACACCGUGGAUAACUUCAUCCAGUGGCACCGGAGAGAUCCCAGCAUCAAAAAUCUCACGUUCUACAGCCUGAACGGCAAUUGGCGAAAGGACGGCACUUACGUGAUAGUGGAUCGCUAUCAGCUGUUUCUGUACACGCUUGCGGCAACCGGCGGCAAUGAUGUACUGCAGCGGGCACUGCACCUGCUCGAUUGGAGCCAAGGGUUCAAAGUGAGCUCGUUCCUAGCGAGACAUCGGAACGCCGUGAUAGACGUAAUCGAUGCCAAGGGCCUUCGCAAGGAAUACGACAGCUGCACCUAUCUGUACUACUUGCCCCGGGAGGAAUCGACCAAGCUGGAGGUCGAGCUUCCCGAAGGAUUCCGGCUGGGCGAUCUGACGGCUGAAGAUGCUGCCAAGGCCGAUGCCGUGUGGCCCAAUAGGCACACGGGGUCGUUGUUCUUCUUGCAGAGGCUUGCCGCGUGGAAUCCCAACGUGGGACUGUACAAUGCCAGCGGAGAACUGGUUGCAUGGUGUUUUAGACUUCAAGCUGGACCCCUGGGUGCUCUCCAGGUCGACGAAAAACACCUAAAGAAAGGCUACGGAUCGAUAGUGACAGCGGCGAUGGCCAAAAAGCUAGCCAAUCUCAACCAGGACUGCUUCGCACUGGUCAACAACAGCAACAUUCCCUCCAAACGUAUGUUCGAGAAGCUCGGCUUUCGACACACGGACUUUGCGUACUGGUUGCGCACCUAUCCGACGGUCCCGUUUCAAUGGAGUGACGAUUAGAUGGGGACCGCAUAGCAAUCAAAAAUGACCGGGAGAGAUCCGACAAGAAAAACGCGCAUAUUAUAGCAAUAAAUUAGUCAAUUCGAUGCCAAACCGUUGUUUCCG